AUGGCCUCCCUCCAAUUCUUCCGCUUGUCCGAUAACGAGUUAUCCGGAAGCUUACCAGACUCAAUUGGUAGCAUGCGCAGCCUCCAGCGCUUCUACCUGAGCAACAACCGCAUCUCAGGAGAGAUUCCCAGCUCAAUCGGACAGCUGGUCAACGCCACUGAUCUCUACCUCGAUAACAACCGCUUGUCCGGGAAAAUCCCCACGGCCAUUGGCCGCAUGUCCAGCCUGCAGACCCUAGACCUGUCCAGCAACCAUCUGGACGGCCCCAUCCCGGUCCAGAUAUCUCAGCUCACAAACCUCCAGGAUCUCCACCUUUCAUUCAACCCCGCACUUAACCUGCGCAGUCCGCCAAGAUUUCUUGGCAAAAUAAAUCUCUUCCAGCUCGGCCUGGCUGACACCGGGCUCGUGGGCGUGCUCCCUCGCUGGCUCGCAUCUACCUCCAUCUCGACCCUUGACCUCUCUAGCAACAAACUCGUGGGUAAGUUGCCCACUUGGAUCGGCAACAUGACCAACCUCUCCAACUUAAAUCUAUCCAACAACGCGCUCGAAUCAGCGAUCCCAGAAGAGUUCAUGAAUUUGACACAGCUCCUCGCCGUGGAUCUGCACUCCAACAAAUUCACGGGCCCCAUCAGACCGGUGCUAGCCAAAAAGACCAGCGAUCCGCUAGGCCAUUACGACUCCAUAGACCUCUCGAGGAACAUGUUCACCGGGGGCAUCGACGGAGACAUGGGAGGGCUGCCAGCAAUGGACUCGCUCACGGCAUUCGAUGUGUCUUACAAUCCCUUAUUAGGCGGGAAGAUACCAAAGUCCAUGGGCAACCUGCAAAACCUGGCAGUGGUGAGAAUGGCCGGGGACGGGCUGACGGGUACGAUACCUGCAGGAGUGCUGAACAUACCGUCGCUUGCAGUGUUCGACGUGUCAUAUAACAGAUUGCGUGGGAUGAUCCCGGCGCACAAUGCGAGCCUUAGUGAUGGCGGAUUCAAAGGGAACCCGGGGCUCUGCGGAGCUCCACUGCCACCCUGCAAGCGCUAG